AAAAAAAAAAAACACUGGAGAUCAUCCACAUGGCACUUAAGCAGUGGGGUUUCAACCAAAGACGCAAAGGGCAGGACAUGGAGCUGACUGCUAAAAGCCACUCAGUUCGUUUGAGUGAUGGAAACAGCAUGCCUUUAAUAGGACUGGGAACUUAUGGGAAUCCCCGCAUGACUCCAAAAGGAACUUCAUAUGAGGCUGUCAAACUCGCCAUUGAAGUAGGGUACAGACACAUCGACGGAGCCUUGGUUUACUUCAACGAGCAUGAGGUGGGACAAGCCAUUAGAGACAAAAUAGCAGACGGAACCGUGACGAGAGAGGACAUCUUCUACUGCGGGAAGCUGUGGAACACAUUCCAUUCCCCUGAGCUGGUCCAACCUGCUCUAGAAAAAACACUGAAGACGCUACAGCUGGGUUAUGUUGAUCUUUAUAUUGUGGAAAUGCCCACAGCUUUCAAGCCAGGAGACACCUUCUACCCACGAGAUGAGAACGGGAAGUACAUUUAUCACGAGACGGACCUCUGUGCCACAUGGGAGGCCUUGGAAGCCUGCAAAGACGCCGGGCUGGUCAAGUCUCUGGGAGUGUCCAACUUCAACAAACGUCAACUGGAGCUGAUCCUGAACAAACCUGGACUGAAACAUAAACCAGUGUCAAACCAGGUUGAAUGCCAUCCAUACUUCACCCAGCCCAAACUGCUUGAGUACUGCCGGGAGAAAGACAUCGUCAUUGUCGGUUACAGUCCUCUUGGGACAUCUAGAGAUGCAUCAUGGGUGAACCUGAAGUGCCCCCCGCUGUUGUUAGACGAACUUCUGACAUCUGUUGCCAAAAAGUACAAAAAGACCACAGCCCAGGUGUGCCUGAGGUUCAACGUUCAGAGAGGCGUCGUGGUCAUCCCGAAGAGCUUCAACCCUGAUCGUAUCAAAGAAAACUUUGACAUAUUUGACUUCUCUCUGUCAGAGGAUGAGAUGAAAGCCAUUGAGGGUCUGAACAAGAAUAUUCGUUUUGUGGAGCUUCUCAUGUGGUCCGAUCAUCCAGAGUAUCCAUUUCAUGAUGAAUACUGACACCAGAAGCUUAAAAAUAAUCAAAGCUGAUGAGUUCAUUAUAACCUCCAAUAAAACAUACAUGUUUAUUGUUUUAUGAAAUGAUUAUAUAUCUCAGUGAUCUUAUUAUGUCAGCAACAAUCCCACAUUUGAUUUAGAAAUAAGUCUUAUUUUCACAGCUUUUUACUUUAUCUUAAAAAAACUGCUAUUAAAUUGUUGAAAUUA